UGGAAAUAGCUCCCACAUUGUACUUAUAGGAUUAAACAAAACGAUAUAAAAAGCCUGCAUUCAUUGAGAUUGGGAGUAGUGAUUCUUUCAAAAAGCGCAAUGCAACUUAUCGUGGUAAUAGCUACUGCUGCCUUAGUACUGGCUCUGGUGUCAGCAGACGAACCAGCUGCUGCUCGUUACGAUGGUUUUAAAGUCUACAAAGUAUUUGUCAAGGACGAACAACAACUGGAUGAAUUCAAGAAGAUGUCAAGUAACCUGCCGGUACAUUUUCUGGGUGCCAUUGGCGGUCCGGAUAAACAUUAUGAUGUGGCCAUCGAUCCUGCCAAUCACGAAGCCAUGGAAAGCUAUCUGCAGGACAAUGAAUUGGGCUACGUACGCACCAUAGACGAUUUGCAAGCCAUUCUUGAUGAAAGCGUGCCUCAAACAAAAUGGCUGUUCCCCUCAAAGCAUUCAUUUAACUGGACCGCAUACCAUGACUUGAAGCCUCUUUAUGAGUGGCUAGACUAUGUGACCAUCCGUAAUCAUCUUAAAGUAACUCCCUUUGUGAUUGGAUAUUCGUAUGAACGAAGACCCAUUAAAGCGAUUCGCAUUUCUAUGAAAUUGGGAAACAAAGCUAUUUUCAUUGAGUCCAACAUUCACGCUAUCGAAUGGAUUUCGUCGGCCACCACCACCUGCUUUAUUGAUAGAUUGCUGAAAGCCGAGAAUAAGGAUAUGAAGAAUUUGUUGUGGAAUUACGAUUGGAUAUUUGUACCAGUCCUUAAUCCCGACGGUUUUGAGUUUUCUCGUCAUAAGGUACGUUUGUGGCGUAAGAAUCGCAAACCCACCGGUUUCUCCAACUCCUCCGGCCCUUGCUAUGGUGUCGAUUUGAAUCGCAACUUCGACUUCGAAUGGGGAGAAACUGGUUGGAAUAUCGAUGUUCCCUGCGAUCACUGGUAUGGAGGUGCAAAACCCGAUUCUGAGCCCGAAGUGAAAGCUUUGGAAAGAUUUGUUAAGAGUUUUCCUCGAAAAUACAUUCGAAUGUAUUUGGCUUUCCAUUCGUAUGGCAACAUGGUUCUAUUGCCCUACGGCCAUACCAUUGAUGAAUUCCCAGAAAACUAUGACCAAAUGAUGCGCAUUGCCAAAGCUUUUGCUGCCGGUGCCAAAGUCAAAUAUGGAACCGUAUUUCGAAGUGGUGCCAGUGGUCUUCUAAAUUAUUUAGUUUCUGGUUCGGCCAAGGACUGGGCAUAUGGUAUUCGACACAUUCCUUUCACUGCCACUAUUGAAUUACGCGACGAUGGUUCUAAGUAUGGUUUCUUCUUGCCUGCUUCCCAAAUUCUUGAGGUUUGUGACGAAGUGACUGAUGGUAUUGUGGCAAUGGUUGAUCAAGCUAAGGCUGAGGGUCUUUUUUAA